CCUCAACAUGCAGCAAUGUCCUUCCACUCCAUCCCCAUCUCCAUUUUCUUUCUCCUCUUUAUUUCUACCGCAUCAUCAUCACCACCACCACCACCACCUCAAAGAAUCACCCAAGGCUCUUCCCUCACACCCAACACCACCACCUCCUCUUGGCCUUCCCCCUCCGCCCUCUACGCUUUCGGAUUCUUCCCCCAAACCACCGUCAACCGCUCCGCCCCCGCCGUCGGCAUCUUCCUCCCCGACAAAACUGCCGUCUGGACGCCACCAAGCCCCACCGUCCCGGACGACGUCGUCGCCCUGCACCUCACCGCCGAGGGCAGGCUAGUCCUGCGGCGGAGCCGCGGCCGAGACGUCGACGUUAUCAGCCCCUCCGCAGCCGUUAUCGCGUCGGCGUCGAUGCUCGACAACGGCAACUUCGUGCUCUACGACUCUGAAUCCAGAAUCAUCUGGCAGAGCUUCGACCACCCCACCGACACCCUCCUCCCCGGGCAGCGGCUGCUCCCCGGGAAAGAGCUCAUCUCCGACCGCGGCGGAGGGAUUUUCAGGCUGAAAAUGCAGGUAGAUGGGAACCUCGUGCAGUACCCUGUUAACACGCCGGACACAGACAGAGCCGGCGGCAACGUCUCUCUCAACCUCGACAGCGACGGCCGCCUUUAUUUGUUAAAUGGAAGCGCUCCUCUCCGGAAUAUAACCAGAGGAGAGCUCCCCACGCGCGAGUUCGUCAAUCUCAUGAGGCUCGACGCCGGAGGCCUCUUCCGAAUCUACUCUCUCUCUCUAAACCCUCCCGGUGACUGGAAUUGGACCAGGCGAUGGUCAUCCACCGACGACGCGUGUGUCCCAAAAGGUUUCUGCGGAGCUAAUUCCUUCUGCGUUCAGAUGGAUACCGUGCCGGAAUGUCGGUGCCUCCUCGGCUUCGAUUUCAUUCAGCUCGGCAACUACACCGCUGGCUGCUCGAGGGCGGCCUUUCAGUGGGAAGGCUGUCCGAAAACCAAUGGGUCGAGCUACGAGAUGAGACCGGUCGAGAACACGGAAUGGCAGGAAAACUCGUAUGAGAAUUUGAACACGGCGACUGUUGAAGAUUGCAGUCGAGCCUGUCUCGCUGACUGUAAUUGCGAAGUGGCCUUCUUUGGGGAUGGCCAGUGCAGAAAGCAGAGGCUUCCAUUGACGUACGGGAGAAGGUCUCUGGGGAAUUCAAACAUGGCUCUUCUUCGAGUCACAACAACAACAACAACGACGACGACAAAUUCGCCACCCGCCAUACGAGGAAAAGUAAUCAAGAGAGAGAGGCGUUCAGGCAUCCUCGUCAUCGCCAUCGGCAUUGCGUUCAUGUUCACGGGAGCCCUCGCCUUGUCGAUUUCCGUCAUCUACGCGCACCAGAGACGGAGGAGGAUCAGCGAAGAUGAAGGGGCUAGCUUGGUGGAGGAUAUAUGCCUACAAGCAUUCAUAUUCGAGCAUCUCUCCGAGGCAACAAACGGCUUCGAGGAAGAGCUGGGGAGGGGAGCAUCCGGCACGGUGUUCAAAGGGGUUCUCCGCCAGAAAGCCGUGGCGGUGAAGAGGCUAGAGAAGGAAUUCGCGCAAGGGGAGAGGGAGUUCCAGACGGAGCUGAAGACGAUCGGGAAGACAUAUCACCGGAACCUAGUCCGCCUCUUAGGUUACUGCCUCGACGGAGACAACAAGCUGCUGGUGUUCGAGUUCAUGAGCAACGGAUCCCUCGCAGACAUACUCUUUAACAAGGAGAGGCGGCCGAGCUGGGAUGAGCGGAUGGAGAUCGCUCGGGAUAUAUCGAGGGGGAUACUGUAUCUGCACCAGGAGUGUGAGACGCAGAUCAUCCACUGCGACAUAAAGCCGCAGAACAUACUCAUGGACGACAACUGGUGCGCCAAGCUGUCGGAUUUCGGGCUGGCGAAGCUCCUCAAGCAAGACCAGACCAAUACGCACACCGGGAUAAGGGGGACGAGGGGCUAUGUGGCGCCGGAGUGGUACCAGAAGCAGGCAAUCACGGUGAAGGCCGACGUGUACAGCUUCGGGGUGGUGCUGCUGGAGAUCAUAUGCUGCAGGAGGUGCGUUGAUUGGAGCAGGAGCGAGGAGGAGGCGGUUCUCGAGGAGUGGGUUCACGAGCGCUACGCGGCGGGGAGGAUCGGGGAGGUCGUGGGGGAUGAGAUUGAGGAGGUGGAGGAGAGGAAAGUGGAGAGGAUGGUGAAGAUAGGGCUAUGGUGUGUGCAGUAUGAGCCGUCGCUGCGUCCGACUAUGAAGAAAGUUUUGCUCAUGCUGGAGGGGACUGUGGAGAUUCCCAUACCUCCCAGUCCUACUUCCUUCUUUAGUUCUAUCUAGUUUAACGCAAAUUCUCCUGCACGUUCAAUCGCAUACGAUGUAGACGGUUUGAAAGUUUACAUUUUUUCAUAAUAAUGUUUACUUUUAUUCAUAUAUAAGAACUUUUACUUUUAGUUAUUUUCAUUCAUUAAUA